UGAGUCGACAGGUUUGAGAAAAAACAACUGCGUCUGAUCGUUACCUGAUUCUCGAGCGAUCCAUAAAAAAUGCCGGCUACAGACUCGCCGGCAGUCAUUGUAGCGCGAUACUUGAAGUCCAACAACUACACAGAAACAUAUGAAGCAUUCAUCAAUGAAGUCGGCCUGCCUUACGAUGCCGGUAAUGUCUCAAAAGGCGAUCUCACGAUCGAAACUUUGCUCGAAGAGAAAAAGACAUUCGACGUCUCGAUCAGGUUCGAAAAGUUAGGUGUCGAAGAUGCGAAUGUAGGAUGGAGUCGGCCAGCACCGUCUACUGCUACACAGAUUGAUGUUCUGCCUACUGCAUCCAAUAUUCUCAGCACUCAAGUCGAGAAUGUCGCGGAACAGGGCCAGAAGGCAGCUCCUGUCUUGCUGGUCUCGACUGCUGAUCGUAAAGUGCACAUUCUUGAUGCUUGGUCGAAUGCUCUUCAGAGGACUCUGGCAAACCUACACGACUCGCCAGUCUUGUCUUGCUCCACGGUAAAAGGCCAGCAUCUGCUUACAUCAUCGAUGUCGGGAUCCUUGCAUCUGAACGAUACGAACGGAAGCUCAAUUUCCAAGAGGCGAGAUCAUUCCAAGUAUGUUGUCAAAGUGGCUGUACUGGAAGAUAGUACGACUGGAACCAUUGUUGCCACAGCAGGGUGGGAUAAUGCUAUUUUCAUCUACAAGCCCCAAGACACCAAUGGUGCAAUCGAGCUAGGCGAACCCAAAGCCACGAUACCGUUACAGACGAAGCCUGAAGCGAUGAUCUGGCUUCGACAUCCAGAAAAUCAGCAACCAGUUCUCCUCGUGAGUAGGACAGAUUCCAACAACAUUUUCUUCUAUACAGCUGAGGACCCACCACGUCUUUUGGGGAAACAGAACCUCGCACCACACUCAAAUGCCUGGGUGGCAUUCACUCCCUCUUCGUUGGAGCUGUGUCCAACAGACCCUACUUUGCUUGCGGUCGGCACGUCUUCGGUGCCGCACAUGAAGCUUUUGAUCGUACGACUGUUGUUCCCGCCCUGGGAGCCCGAACCUGCGCGUCGACCGCCUCAAGCUCUCCGAAGCUCCCUUCUAGACGACAAUCCUGUCCAAGAAACACAAGCAUCGCAAGCCCGCGCUGCACUUGCAGUAGCGGAUCGCGAGCAUGCUGCGAUUCAGAUCCACUGUACAACCAUGGCUCCACAGACGGCAUAUUCCACGCCGGCUGUCAUGUGGAGACCGGAUGGCAGCGGAGUGUGGGUCAACGGCGACGAUGGUGCUGUGAGAGGAAUCGAGGCAUGUUCUGGGAAAGUCGUGGCAACGCUGCUUGGGCAUGAACCGGGAAGUAAAGUAAGAUGUCUUUGGGCGGGAAUGGUGAAGAGUGAAGAAGGACAGAAAGAAAUUCUCGUCAGUGGAGGCUUCGACCAGAAGCUGAUCGUUUGGAACGUUUGAAGUCAAGACACAUAUGCUACUUUCCUGAACAUUUGCGAAUUCUG